UACUAGUAGUAUAAGCGAACAAUUAGUGCUAAUGAGGUCAUUAUCUAAUGACCGCUGCAACUUUCUCUUAAUGACCGCUACACUUUGGCCGCUACAAUUUUGCUAUAUGUCAUACAAUAUAUAAGACCAAAGAAAAUUUAGGAAAAUAUUCAGUGUUGUUCUCGUGUUUGUUCUUGAAGAAGACGUCUUGGUGUAUUGUGAAAUUAAGAUGCCUGGAAAACGUGUAUCUUCUAUGCCAUUGAAAAAAUCAUCUCCGAAGCGUUUUAAAGCCCCAGGUGAUGGUGGAUGUGUAGAAGAAGAGGAAAUUAGUGAAUUUACCAACCUGCAACCCUCAACAUCUAAGGCAACAGAAUCAGUGAAUGCUUUAAAAAGACGCCUCCCUAACUUCGAAGAUGGUCCUUUAGAUACACUUGUAAAUCAAAUCGGUGCUGGUCAAAUUGACGAUAAUGAAGUCUUUGAAAAUUUUGCUGAUGAAUUUAACUUUAUUAAUAAAAAUGGAGAAAAUGAAUCAUUCAUAAAAAAGUUUAAUACAUUAGCGAGACGUAUGAGGUUUUCCUUUAAAGAUAAUGCGCCGGAGAAUCCAAUUGAAUGGAUGCAAAAUGCAAUUGAAGAACUGUUGGCGCACAUUUUUAGAGGAUUUUCAAGUGAUGACUAUGUCGGCUUAGUUCUCGAAAAUGAAGAAUUCCCCGAGCGACCUGUUUACAUUUCCUUCCGCAAAUUAUCCCAAUAUAAUGUCGCAAUGGUGAUGGAAACUGUAGGAAAUGUUCUUCAGAGCAAUCGUGCGUUCUUUGUUAAUGAUCGUUUAUCGAUACGGGUGGACAGGGUGGCUUUACCUGUGGGAAAAGGAUUUCGUACCGCCACCGAUGGAUUAGCCAAUGUGUGUGUGUGUGUGUCGCGCCCGUCCCCGCGCCGCCGCCACCCCGUCCCGCGCCCGUUCCCGCGCCGCCGCCACCCCGUCCCGCGCCCGUUUCCGCGCCGCCGCCCCGUCGUCCGCGCCGCGCCCCGUCCGCGUCAUGCUGGUGAGUAACGAGAUAUAAGGAAAGAAAGAAAAAACAUGGAUCUUGCAAAGUCUUUAUUUAUUCAUGAAAUAUUUGUUAAACAUUUUGUUGCAUAGUUUGUCAUUAUUGUGAAAAUCUUUGUUAAAUAACUUUAGAAAAUCAUCAACAGAAUUGCCUAAUGCGUAGUUUAAAAGAAAUAAAGUACAGUAUUUGCCACAGACGGUUGAAGAAAAAUCUUGAAUUUGAGAAAUAUUGUAAGACCACAUCAUAGCAUUUUUUCUAAGAAAUUUUAAAAUAUUCGGAGGCGGCUGAUUUCCAAAACUAUCAAAGAAGUAUGCGAAACCAAAUUUAUCAAUGUAAACAGCCAUCCAAUGACUACCCGGGAGGUAAUCAGGGUCUCUGUUGAUAAUAACCAUAGAGGGUCUGGUGAUUAGGACAGGUAGAGUGUUAUACGCAGAAACAAGAACGUGGUGUCUUUUCUUCCGAGAGAUCAUCUCCAGACACGUUUUGAGUUGUAAAGUAUUCAUUGUACCAACUAGCCAAGUUUUGUACGUUUUGAACAGCGCACACCGAAUCGCUGAUUAUAUGAUUCACACAACAAUUCGUAUCAAAAUGUUCUCUCAAGUAACGAAGCGAUGGACACUCUAAAUCUUCAAUGUUUACAAUUUGACUUUUUGGUAAACGUUUCAAAAGUAGACGCUUCUUAUCUAUUCCUUUCACGUAUAUACACUUUGAAUUUUUCGUAGUUUCAUUCAAUAUUUCAGACAACUUUUCGUAGUCGUAAUUACCGCAGUUCCAAGAAAGCCCGUGAAAGUUAUUCGUCAACCAAUCGGCUUGCUUCUGAUAACGAUGCGGUAAGGUUGAAAGAUCAUCGGGUGGUUUAAACAAAAAGAUGUCUGGUGCGCUUUUGUUCGUAUUAAAUACAGCUAAUUCUUUUAUGGUUAAAGUUUCGGUACAAUUACCGUAAUUGAACCCUUGAAAAUCCACAAACACAACCAUUUCGGAUGACGGGUAAAAUGAAAGUAGCAAAUUUUUCAUUUGUAAUAGCAAUUUAUUUAUCACUUAUAUAAAUUUAUCAACUACUAUAAUCUACAAUUACAUUACGUUUUUUAUCAAUUUCUAUUACACUAUCAAAUUCACCAUACACUAAACAAUUGACAGUUUCUGUAAGAGCAGUGUUAAAACCAACUUCUAUUCGUAAACUUCCGUUCUUUAUCAAAUUCCAUGAAAGAGCAUUAUGCGAUGAUAAGUCAGGUGUCAAAUCAAAAACAGCUAUUGAAUAUCCAUCAGCAUAAUUAUCACGUGAAAUCCCAUUUCCAGUGUUUAGAAAAUGUAUACCAGUACCAGAAAAUAAUGUGUGGUACAUUGAAACAAAUUUCUUAUUUGGACCGAUAAAUGUAGGUUGUAAGGGUUUACUAGGAAUUUGGUUACCAUCCACGUACAAGGAUAGAUAGUUUAAACCAAAGUUUUCGAAAUUAAAUGGAUUUAAGGAAUAAUCACCGUUAAAUGCUUUAUUUGUCACAAAGCACAAUGCACAUCUUUUUGGAAGUUGGCCCAAAUAAACAUUAUCCAAUGAUUUUCCUUGUACUCCUUGCGGUAUAGUCAAAACCUUUAAUUCUGUUCGCGUAAUUGGAUAUUUUGCAGUUGAAAGCUCUAAAGCCUUUGCAUGCGCAAGUAAUACGCUUGGAUUUAUCCGAUUUCUUCUAAUCAUUAGAGUUGCAUCAGUAAUUUGAAUUUUUCCAUUAAGAUUAUUUGAUGACAUCAAUGCAAAACUAUCACGAGAACGUACAAAUUUUAAUCUCAUUUCUACACCGUUGAUUAAAAAUUUUUCUUGAUUAAAUAUAUCACAAUUUAAGUGACCAAUAAGAUCGACUUCUUUACUCGUCGACGUUAGUUUGAGUCUAUUGGCGAAUCCACUGUUCUCAUUGGUUACUACAUUCAUUUUGCCUGCCGUAUCGGCGUACCAUAAUCCACAAGUUAAAUGGGAAUUCUUCGCCCCUGAGUCAUAAUUUAAAAGUGUCUCCAAAUAACAUUUAUAAGCGUAUGUAUUAUUUGGUGGUGAAAUCAGUUUUUGAUUUAGGUAUACAUCAACUUGACUAAACAUUGAGUGGAGAAUAUUAUUAACUGGACCAAUUGUAUCUUCAGCGGUAUAAUUACUACCGUCAUCUUUGCAUAUUUUAAUACAAAGUGAAAGUAAAGUUUGCGAUAAAUCUAUAUAGUCUUCACCACCUGGUAUUACAAAUUCUAAAGGACUAUUUUCAGAUAUACUAGAUACAGUUUUGUAAUGAACCCAUUGACCGCUUUCGAUGCUUGUUUGAGUUGGCGGUAAAGCAAAAAGAUCCAAUUCACUUUUCGCGCACUCACAACUAUGAGGAUGUAAAAACGACAUUCUAGCUAAAGAUAUCUUGAUGUUUAAUAACUGAACUCGUUUUACACUUCUUUGCAGAACGACGUGAAGAACUAUUCUGACUUUUAUUUUGUACUAGCCUUCUUUUUAUAGAUCCAGAUCCUACCAAGUUGUCUAAUUUAUCUUGAGCUUUUCGUUUCAAAUUUUCAACUGACUCAUUUACACGUGUCUUGAAUGCAUCCUUUACAGGCACCUCAUUAACAAUGUCGCCAAGAAAAUUUGAACCAGUGCGUAGUGUUUCCUUACCAAUUGUUUUAACACCACUCUUUAUUAACGGCAUUACCGUACGAAAAAGUCCCCGUAAAAAACUACCAAUACCAUAACCCUUUUGGUAACUAAUUCCUUUGUAAAUAGCACCUACACCUGAACCAGCUUGAUUGAUGUAGUAAUCGUGAUAAUGACAUGAAGGCAUUACGAAAUUUUUUUAAAAUGAAGUUUAACGCACACUGUUCCAAACUGAAAUGGCACUUUCUCACCAGUUGCACUUCUUAUAUCAAUUUCAAUGUUUUCAAAUUCCCUUUUCAACAGAGGCACGUAAUGCGGAUGCGAAAAUAAUUGCGUAUGAUGUGUACCGUAAAUGUAGUGUUUAUUAUCGAUAACAACGAUUCGAAUUACUUUUGCCAUUAUAUCGCCCACCAAUUGUGGUUCAAUUAUAUCACUGUAUACGAAAAGUUGUGAAGGCAAACCCAACAUAAUGUUUGCUGGAUGUGUUGAAGUUUUACUCAGUACAUUUGUAUCCGGUUGAAAACCUAAUUGUAGACUUAAUGUCGGUGAAAAUGAUAGACUUGUCAGAUAUUUGCUACUGCUUGUUACAGUUACUCUUUUUGAACCAUCAUUUAAUCUGAACUCAACAUUAUCUUUUACUAAAACUCUUACCGAGUUUAGAGCAUCCACAAUAGAUUCGAUCGUUUCGUAGUUACCAGCUUCAAGCUUAGUCUUAUAUUUCGUCAUAAUUACAUCGUGUUCAAAUGUGAUCGUUUUCAUUUUAAGAUCGCGCAUGAAUUCUUUCGAAGACUUGUAUUUCCUUCUUCGAACCUGAUCAUCGAUCCAUGUCGCAAAACGGGGAUCUUUAAACAAUAUGUCAAUGGCUUUUUCACCUUUUUGCAUAAUCGCCGAUAAACUAAAUUCAA